AUGCAGUCAGACACUAUUGGGAUUGAGCUUUGGUGGUGGGACAUCGACAGCUCUUCCUACAAUAUCUAUGAAUUAAACUAUCUAUGUAAAGUAAAGGCUCUCCAACAAGGAAUCAAAGGCCGCGAGGUUGGAAAAGGUAAUUACGCUAAUUCCAUAUACUCGAUCUUCAAUGAGAAACUGAGCAAUGAAGGUCACGGACAGGUGCUUCGAGGAUAUGAGUCUGCUUCUGAUGGUUUUGCUUACUCGUGUAUAAAAAAUUACCUUAGCAGCAAGGAAGGGAUUAUUGAAAUAAUGAGUGCAGCAUAUAAACACGAGUAG